AUGACAGACGUGGAUUUGGUUAAGAAGAUGCUUCGAGCUGUCCUGCAGUCCAAUAAGAACGGUGUUUCUAUGGCACGUCUGCAGUCGGACUACCGCAGCCUAACUGGGGAGUUCAUCCCUCACAAACAGAUGGGUCAUCCAACCAUGGAAGGGUUUCUACGCAGCAUUCCUUCGGUUGUCCAAAUGGAGCGCAGCUCAGUCGGAGAGGUUGUGUGUUUUGCUGCGGUUUGCAAGGAGACAGCACAUAUUGCUCAGCUGGUUGCCCGGCAACGGAAUUCGAAAAAGGCUGGUCGUUCUCAACUGGUCAACUGUCAGAUGAGAGUGAAGCUGUCCUCCCCUUUUGUAGUAAAUGCCAAACCCAGAACGUCACUGCGUCAGCCAAAGCGAAUGGGACGCAGCGUUCGGGGCGGGACCUUCCAGUCCCGGGGCUCACGUAUGAGUAGUCACGGCAACCAGCAGCGCCAGGUGUACAUGACAGAGUUACCGUCGACCAGGAGCGUUAUCAGUCACAGCAGGUCAGCGCCCUCAAACGUCCAGAGGGAAGUACACUUGGUGUCAAAGAAUGCUGAUCAGACCACAGCUGGGAAACAACCCAAGAUUGCUGAAAAAGCUACUAAACACAAGAAAAGCCCACCGUGUGCUGGUAGCUAUGACCCCUUGGUGGUGCAGAACCAGCUGAAGCAACUGCUACAGAAGUACAGUAGUGGAGUUUGGGUGUCUAAACUGCCACAGCUGUACCGCGACAUGUUUAGACAAGACCUGCCCGGACACGUCUGUAAAGAACUGGAGAACUGGACACACGUCUGCUCUGUAGAGAAGCCAGGCUGCCAUAAUAUAGUUGAUCGUCUUGUCUAUCCUGCAAAAGACUCAAAACCCAGCUCUGCCCCGCCCUCUCACAAACCACCUGCUCUGGUCAUCCCAAAAUCCUCUCUCCCCAUCAACCCCAAAUCCCCAGCUCCGUGUACCCAGACGUCCCUGAGUCCCGUCGCCCCGACAUCUCCGUCCUCCAUCCGGCCGAGGACCCCGCCUCCUUUUACCCAGAGGUCACCCGCCUCUCCCGCGACGGUCGCGUCCGACGUGAAGCCGAAAGUCCGAGAGCUGCUGAGCAAGUACACACACGGCCUGUGGGCUCAGGCUCUUCCCAGGCUCUUCCAGGACGCCUACAAGUGCGUUUUCCCCCAGCGGAUCCUGGACGACCUCUCCCUCCUGGCCGACACCUGCCUGGUCGAGUACCCCAUGCCAGACAACCGGAAGAAGGCCAUCCUCUACGCUCUGCCCUCCCUGCAGGAGACCCAGCAGAGGAGUGUGGUUCGACAGCUGGUGGUUCAGAGCCCGGGGGGCCCCCACGUACCCCCGCUGCUCCUCCCCGAAGAGGAGCACCCCUCGGUACUGGUGGUGGAGACCUGCAGUGCAGACAGUGUGAUUCUCAGGUUUGUGGGUGAGGCUUACUCUCAGGCCCAAGAGGCAAUGGAGGAUGCCAUGCUGGAACACUACAGUCACGAAAGCGCCGCACGACCCGUCCUCGAGCCCGUCACCGGGCAACUGGUUGCCGUAUCUGUGGAAGAGGUCAUCAGGGCCCAGGUUCAGCAGGUCAUGGGUGAAAAGGUCAAGGUGUAUUAUGUGGAUCAUGGCUACUGUGAAGUGGUUGGCAGAAGCAAACUCCUGGAACUGCAUGAGGAGUUCCUCAGACUGCCCUUCCAGGCCAGCAGCUGCAAAUUAGCAGGUCUGGAGCCGUUCAGUCGCGACCCGGAGGUUCUGAAGACUCUGGAGUCGCUGGCGUGCGGCCGUAUCCUGCUGGCCGAGAUCCUGGAGAGGACGGAAACCCCGCUGGUGGUGCUGUACGACACGUCGCAGGAGGAGGACAUCAACAUCAACUCCGCCUGUCUGAAGGCCCUGCAGGAGAAAUCCAUGGACAAUCCACUGCUGGUCAACAGCACGUACGUGGAUGUUUUUCCCACCAACGUGUGCUCUGAUGGGACGGUUUUCUGUCAGUUACCAUCGCGGGGCCGGACCAAGCUGAAGGAUGUCCUGGAGAAGGUCGAGUCAUUCUUUUUAUCCCAGGUGACAUCUACGCUCCUGGUGUCCACGCCCUUUUGUGGACAGAUCUGCCUGGCACGCUAUAAAGGAAAAUGGUCCAGAGUGGAGAUCACCAACCUGCAUGAAAGCAGAGUUCUGGACAUCCUGUUUGUAGACCUGGGACUUCCUGCCUCAGUGGAAGUGAUAGAGCUGAGGGAGAUCCCGCCUCCUUUUCUCCGCGAGCUCCUCGCCAUCCCACCUCAGGCGUUAAAGUGCUGCCUGGCUGAUCUGGGAUCAGAGAAAGGGCCGUGGAGUCCGGAUGCAGUGCUGUGGCUGAGGGAUGCUGUGCUCAGCGUUAGUGAAUGCAGCAUAAAGAUCGCCAGGCUGGACGGAGCCGGGCUGGUCCACGUCUACCUGUUCACGUCUAACACUGUACAGGACCUAGACAAGAGCGUGAACCUCCAGCUGCUCUCCUCUGACCUGUGGCAGCGUCAGCGGGAGCCACCCCUCCCCAUCCAGCCCCUCUCACCCGAGAUGGGAGACCUGCCCAGGCUGCCCCCCGUCGACGCCGCCUCCCUCCCCCCGCUGCUGGAGCUUCCGCAGGCUGGCCGGAACAUGGACGUCUACGUCUCGGUGGCGUGCCACCCCGGUUACUUUGUCCUGCAGCCUUGGCAGGACAUGUACAAACUGGUGGUGCUGAUGGGCGAGAUGGUUCUCCACUACAACCAACAGGAGGAGGAGACACCCGUCCCCGUGGAGAGGAACCAGAUCUACGCCGCCAAGGUGGAGAACAGUUGGCAUCGUGUGAUGGUGAAGGGCGUUCUGACCAACGGGCUGGUGGCUGUGUACAAACUGGAUUACGGCAAACACGAACUGGUCAGCUGUAACCAGCUGCGUCCCCUCCUCGACGAGUUCAGACAGCUGCCCUUCCAGAGCACCCCUGCACAGCUGGCCGGAGUGAAGCAGACACAGUGGUCUGAGGAAGCCGCCAUGGUGUUCCGUGACCACGUGGAGAAGAGGCCACUGGUGGCCCAGUUUGAGUCGGUGCUGGAACCCUCAAACCCGUGGGAAAGAAGAGCUGUUGUGUAUUUGGUGGACACAUCGCAGGAGGGCAGGGACGUCUGGAUUCAUGAGAUUAUGUCUGAGUUUGUGGAUGAGUUGAGUAAAGCCGCGUAA